AUGAUGCGACCGCGUGAUCCGCGCUUUCGGCAGCGGAUCAACCAACUCUCCCACAACUUCGAAACCGCCAAUGAAACCGCCCAAGAAGGACUCUACACCUUUUCGCAGAACUACAUUUCCCCCUGCUUGGCCGCGGUCGGCAAUUGCGUGCAAACUUGUACAGACCCGUGUCUUCCAAGUCGAGACGACCAUCUCCGUCGCCGGCGACGAGGGCGUGCCGAAGACAACUUCGAUUUCUAUGAUGAUUGGGACAACGAAGAGACCGACGAGACGUUACUAGGAUGGGGCACCGGCGAGUUGGAUCGUCUCCUAGCUGGUAGCGGUUUGGCCAGGGGGAGUGCGGAGCAGCCGCGCCGCCCGAGGCGUAUGAGUUAUGGUACACGUCACACAAGACGGAGGAGCACGGUGCACAUUCCAGAUAAUCGCAGUGACCCGACUGUCAUUCCCAGCUCGUCACUGAUUGGAUUCCUUGAGCGCUUCCCCUGGAGGUUAGGUGCGAAGGGCGUGAAGUAUCGACCGUCCGCUGCGGAUCUACAGGAACAUCCCGGUAGCUUGAAGCGACAUUCCCAGGAGGAUGAACCUUUGAUGGAAGCUACCGAGGACGAUGGUGAUCAAAUAGCCUACUCUUGGAAUGGGCGCAACCGGAGCUCUACGCAGUCCUCGAAAAACACGGCGAAUUCUUUGAGCUCGCGUGGUGAUUUAUUUCCUAGUGACGAGGAGGAAGAUGCAGUUCCACUGGAUGAUGAAUUUGCGCUCGCCUUUGGCCGUCGGGGAACUGGCCUGGAAUCAGAUGACCAGUCUGGAACAAAAUCAGAGAUGGUGAGGUCGGCGUCAGGAACGUCCAGCCUUGCCGAGGCCUCUUCCAGGAAAUCCAAGAAGAAGAACAAAAAGAAGAAAAGGCGGUCUUCAACUAAAUCACCAACAAGUCCGGACUCUGGUGUUAUUCACGGCGUCAAUGCCUUGUCGAUGGAUGAUCUGAAAAUGGAAGAGGAACGCGCAAGACUAGAAGAAGAGUCUGUGAUUGAAAGAAAGCGUCUAGCUGCUCAAGAAUUGGCCCACCAACGGGGUCUUGAACUUGAUGACGCUCAUAUGGUAAGAGCUACCAAGAUUGUUUCCGAAUAG